AUGUCUUCCUUUCAUAUUUUAAAUCAAUAUUCAAACAAAAACAAAAAAAUAAAAAAAUCAAAUUCAACCAAUAACAAUAAGAAGACAAAAUCUUCUUUAUUUGAUCGACCUCUUCCGAGAACACUUCCCCCUGGCAAUUUUAAUAUUAACUAUGAAACAUAUGAGUUUAACAUACCAAAUUAUACAUUUGGUAAAGCAAUAGAACUUGCCGGCGCUGGUGGAUUAAUUGCUGUCAGUGUUGGAAAGAGAAAUAAAGAUAAUAAGCCUAUAUUGGCUAAAAUUUCACCACAUUCUGUUCGACUUGAACGAGAAUAUUAUGUAACAAAAAGAUUAUACUCAUUACCAGAUGGAUAUAAAUAUAUACCACAUGUUACCGAAUAUGUCUCUCUCGUUCAGGAUGGCUUAGCUGCUAUACUUUAUCAAGAUAUUCAACCAAAUGACUACAUUUAUUUCGAAUAUCAACAAAGGAGACAUUAUUUUACUCUUUUCUCUCUCAGUCAGACCACAAAUAAUUUUGAGAUCUGGAAUGAUCAACUACCAAUUCGAGAUUGUAACGAGAUUACUCUAGACACCUUUCUUGAAUUUGCUAUUGAAUGCUGUUCGGCUCUUCAAUUCCUUCAUGUAAAUGGUGUAGUACACGGUGAGCUGCGUCCUUCUGCCUUUCAAUGUACUUAUGAUCAAGAUCAAAAAUUACGCACAAAGGUAUGGAACUUUGGCGGAGGCUUAAAUUCUUAUGAAGAACUACUAUUGACUACUUCUAGAUGGAGAUCUUUUAUGUCUGAUAAUAAUUAUACAAACUCAUCAUCAUCCUCUUCUCCAUCUCCUCCUCCUCCUCCACCACCUCCACCACCUCCACCACCACCACCACCAAUAGCAACACUAUCUCAACCUACUAGUUAUCAUUCAAAGCGUCUCUCUAAUUCUGUUUAUUUCUCUCAAGUCAGUGACUAUUAUACGAAUGCCUCUUCAUCAGUUCGAUUUUAUUCUCCAAAAGAAUUUCAAUCAUCUCUAGUUUAUGUUAGUCCAGAACAGACAGGAAGAACAUCAGAUGCUUUAGAUCAUCGAACUGAUCUAUAUUCACUUGGUAUUAUGUUUUUUAUCAUUUUAACUAACAACGAUCCUUUUAAAGGAACAGCUAUGGAUAUUAUACAUGCUAUUUUAUCAAAAACUGUACCUUUGGUUCAUACUAUUCGAAACGACAUACCUCCUACCAUUAGCUAUAUUAUUAACAAAUUGACCCAGAAAACUGUAGAAGAACGUUAUGAUAGUGCCUAUGGCUUAAGGGAGGAUUUAUUAGAAUGUCAAAGAAGACUUUCUGAAUCAAAUUUUGAUCAACUUGUUCAUUUUCAAUUAGGUUUACGUGAUAUAAAUCCUGUUUUUAAAGUAUCAGAUAGUUUAUACGGACGAAAUAAAGAAUCAGAACUCAUGAGCUCUAUCAUUGAAAAUACAUAUAAUCUUCAUCAACAGGAAAAGAAUAGAGUAAAAAUGCUACAGGCAGCGUCAAUUUCUAAUAAGAAUAAUUUAGCUACAACGACUUCUAAUUCAAAAGAUGCAACACCACUAAAUCAUAUGACUAUUGCAACAGAAGAAGCAACUGAUGAUAAUAACAGUACAGAAAAAAUGCCAGUUCUUUCAACGACAACAGAACAAGUAUUAUGUUGUGAGAAUGAAAAGGAGGAGAACAAUUUAAUCAAAGAAGCAGACAGUUUACUACGUAUUAAUACAUCUAUAUCACUUGACCAUACUGCUUGCGAAGUGAUCGUUCUGAAGGGGCCAGGGGGUAUAGGCAAAUCAACUCUGAUCUCGACCCUAAGUAUACAAGCUCGUCAUUGUGGUUAUACAGCAACAGCCAAAUUUGAUAAGAAUCAAAAGAGGCCCUACAAUGGUCUAUUAAGGUGCCUUUCUUCUAUUCUAAGACAACUUUUAACUGAAUCAGAACAGGUUAUUCGUGAGUUUUAUAAGGACUUGAAGCAUAAUCUAGGUCCUCAAUUCAGCAAUGUUCGUUUAAUGGUCAAUAUGGUACCUGAAUUAAAACCUAUUUUGUACGAUUGUCGAGAAAGAAUAAACUCACCAGAUGAUGAUGAUGCUCUUUCUAACAUUUUAAAUACUGAAGCUAGAUUUCAUUCUGUAUUUUUGAACAUUAUUAGAACAAUUGCUAGAAGAAAAUUGCUAACUUUGUGUCUAGAUGAUCUACAAGAAGCAGAUGAUCCAUCUAUUCAUUUAAUUAAUGCACUUUUACAUUCACAUACAAUCAUGUUAAUUAUUUUAACUUUUCGAGAUGGCGAUGAAACACCUUCAAAAGUAAUCAAAAUUCUAGAAAAAUUCGAAACAAUUCAUCCUAUCACAACAAUUGAACUUGGAACAUUUAAUAAAGAUGUCCUUUAUGAACUUGUCUUUGACACCCUCUACAGCAAUAGUAGCAACAAGCAACAACAAUCUCCAUGGGGUAUACAAGAAGAACAACAACGUAUGGAGACAAUAGCUCCUCUUGUAGACAUCAUCUAUUGUUGGACCCGAGGAAAUCCAUUUUAUGUCAAACAGUUUUUAAAGACGAUGAAACGAAAAGAGGAUAUUUGGUUUGAUUGGAAUGCUAAACAUUGGAAAUUUAGAUUAGACAAUAUCAAAAAAUUAUUUGAUACAGAGCAAAAGCCUAGUAUCAUGAAAAUUGCAUCAACGUCAUCGUCUACUAUCAAUCAUAGUAAUGAUCUACUUCGACGAGAUAUGGAAUAUAAAAGAUCUUAUCAUCACGUACAACAACCUCAACAUGAUGAACAUCAUAUCUUUGAUAUCCAAAACCUUGUCUCUCAUUUACGUUCUCUAGAACCAAGUGUUCAAUGUUUUCUAAUGUGGGCUAGCCUUAUUGGUCAUGUAUUCAACUUUAGACGAAUUAAAUGGCUCAUGAUAGCUUCUUCAACUACAAACGGUGACCUAAUCGACGAUAACAGUAGUAUUGGAAGUAGCCAUAGUGCGGGUUAUCACAACAACAGGUCAACAGUACCCAUAGCUGAAGAAAACUAUCCAUUAUCAUCUGAUCCUCCUCCUCCUCUCACUACUACAGCAACAGUCACUCUAUUAUCUGAAGAUGAAGAAAGACGUUCAAGCCAAGCUAUGAUCGGACUUCAAGUAGCACUCAGUGAGGGCAUUAUUCAAUACAAGUCAGGGAAUGAAUUUCAAUUCAUUCAUGAUCGUUAUUAUCAGGCUGCUUCCAUGUUAAUUGUUGACCCACAACAAAGAGACAGUAUGCAUCUUAAAAUUGGCGAAAUGCUGAUGAUGGAAGAAGAAAUGGAAGAGGAGGAUAAUAUAUUCUUGACGGCAUACCAUCUUAUGAAGAGCGAAAGACUGAUUCAAAUGAUGGAUAAAAGAAAGUGUUAUCGUAGUAUUUUAAUUAAAGCAGGUAAUGAAGCAGCAUUAUCAGGUGCAAUACAACUCUCUUCAGCCUAUUACAAAUCUGCUUUAUCUUUGUUGGAUGAGGAUAUUGUAAAACGAUGGCAAGAUGGUCCAGACAAUUCAAGUUCAGAGACUUUGAAUGUUUAUAUGAAGAUAUUAGAACACGAGUUAUUAAGUAAUAAUAGAACUGUUUAUAAAGACAAACUGAUUACGACAGAGAACAGCAGGAAUAAAGUCACAGAGAACCUAGCCCCAGCUCGUUCUCUCAUGAGUGAUGAGGAACGAAGCAGCAUGAUAAAGCAAAUUAUGGACCAUACUCAUCACCUUCCACUUGAAAGAGCUCAAGUGUGGCGUAUCAAGGCCCGUAUUUACUUUGAACAAUCUCAAUAUCGAAAUGGUGUACAUAAUAUUUUGGAAGGUUUAGAAGAAUUGGGUAUCCUUGUCGAUACAAACAUCACAGAGGAGCAAGUCCUUGACUAUUAUCACAUUAUGAAACCUAGUAUUGUCAAACCUGGUUUUGAAAUCUUACUGAAGGGCGGUCCCUGUCAAAACCCGAAACAGAUGGCAAUCAUGGCUUUGUUAAAUGAGGCAUGUGCGGGAGCUUAUUGGGUAAAUCCUCUUCUGGUUGAUUUCUUUGCUCUCAAAUUAUGUGAACAUUCAUUAAAAUAUGGCUAUACAGCUGCUAGCGGUGGUGGUUUUAUCUGGGCAGGUUGUACGGCAACACGUGUAUCUGAAUUCCACUUUGCCGCUCAAUUAGGCCGAUUUGGAAUGACUAUCAGUGAAAAAUACGCAGGGAAUUCAGAGAUUGCAAGAGCUAUUAUUGUUCAUCAUUCCAUGUUGGCUCAAUGGACUGGCGCUCAUGUACGAGAAUAUAUUUAUCAGUAUCAAAGAGCUUAUAAAUUUGCUAUUGCUGGUGGAGAUCAGCUGUUUUCCUCUAUGGCCUUAUUUCAUGUAGCAUGUACAUUAUAUUGGACAAGCUGUAACCUAUCCGAACUUCAUUGGCAUCUCAAUCAUUCAAUGGAAGAAUGUAGCAAAGGCAAUUCUAAGGACGUGCUUAUACUAAACAUUUCACUUUGGAGAUCUAUAUUGGUUUUUCAAGGAAAGACCGAUAUCACUAUGGAUCCUGACACAAUGAUGAAUGAUCCGGAUAGGAGUUUUGAUGAACCUUCAUUUGUGGAAGAUAUCAAGAGCCAAAGUGUUAAUUCUGGGAACCCAUUAAACUGGCAUUAUAGUUUUAAAAUGAUCCUUUUAUUUCACUUUGGAUUUACUCAAGAAGCUUCUGAUUUAGGUUUCAAAAUUUUCGAUAGCUCAAUUAACGAAGCAUUACAUCGUCAUGUCGGUAUAGCCAUGUAUUAUCAUUCAAUGGCAAUAGUUGAAAGUUUACGUGAUCCAAAUAUAGACUCUUUAAAACAUGAAAAAUAUAAAAGGCAGCUUAAAAAGAAUGAGGCCAGACUGAAUGAACUUGCAUCCUAUUCUGAAAUCAAUUACCGCAUGUAUCAUAAAAUUGUCCAAGCACAAAUUUCAACUCUCGAUAAUAUUAACAUGCAGCAUACUUUGGCAUUAUACAAUGAAGUGAUUGACUUAUGUCUAAAAGGAAGAUGGUAUUCAUUUUUGGGUCUUACAUAUGAGCUUUUAUCUGAAUAUUAUAUGCGCUGUGGCUUAACUAUGCUUGCUAUUCCAACAUUAUGUAGAUCAUUAAAAUUUUAUUCCCAUUGGGGUGCCUUUGGCAAAGUACAGUAUCUUAAGAAAAAAUACAGUAAAGAAUUAAGCAGCCAAAAAAUUACAGAUAAAGAAGAUGCAGCUAUUCAAACAGAAGACGUUAUUAUUAGUUUGACAACAACAGUUACAGAGAAGGAAGUUAGUAUUUGGGAUAAUAAUAGUAGUGAUGAGAUUACACCAGAUUCUUCUUUAAAAGAAUUGUAUGGGAACGAAGAUUUUUCUGAGCAUAGUGUCUUGGCAAGUAAUUCCAGUAUGAAUAAUCCUAUCACCAUUUUAGAUGAUGUUGGUUUUGAUCGAGAAGACACAUUAUUUUCUUUAGAUAUGGUUGAUUUAACUUCAAUCAUUAAAAGCUCUCAAGUUAUAUCUAAUGAAGUAAAUUCCUUUGAUGAGCUGUUAAAAAAGAUGAUUGGUAUUAUUAUGGCUAAUUCAGGAGCAGAAUCUGGUGCUAUUAUAAUUAAAGAAGGAAUUUUUGGUAUUGCUGCCCAUUCAGUACGUUCUACAGAUAUAUGUGAAACCUUCGAACCUCCCCUUCCACUUUGUGAUGAUGAUGAUAAAGUAUUCACUUCUAUUGUCCAUUACGUUAUUCAUACGCAUGCCAGCCUUUUCAUUUCAAAUGUUGAAGCUGAUCACAGGUUUUCUACAGGCGAUAAUAAUAUAAAGAAAGGAGCUGUCAUAUGCAUGCCUAUUAUGCAUAAAAAUACACUAGUAGGAGUCCUUUAUCUUCAAGCCAAUUUGAAUACUUUUACACAUAAACACGCUAAUGUUCUUGCUAUUUUGUGUGACCAAAUCGGUAUCUCGAUCACUAAUGCGCUCUUAUUUAAAUCAGUUCAAAAGGCAACUAUGGCAAAUGCGUUAAUGAUUGAAAGACAAUUGAAAGCACUAGAAGAAGCUCGAGCAAGUAAAGAACAAGCGCUUCAUGCCACAAGAAUGAAAUCUAACUUCUUGGCAAAUAUGUCACAUGAGUUACGCACGCCAUUUUCCGGCUUUUAUGGCAUGAUUUGUCUUUUGAGUGAAACACGGCUUGACGUUGAACAACGAGAGCUUAUUUUAAUCGCAAAACAAAGUUGUGAAAUGCUCUUGCAUAUCAUUGAUGAUUUAUUGGAUUUUUCUAAAUUAGAAGCACACAAAGUUAAAUUACUUUAUGGUCUAUUUUACAUAGAGGACUUGAUUGCUGAUCGUAUAGAACUGUUGAUUACACUCGCUACAAAUAAGAAUGUUGAACUAUAUUAUUUUAUUGAUGAAGACGUGCCUUCCAUCGUAUAUGGUGAUGGAAAUCGUAUUGGUCAGAUUUUAAUGAACUUGAUUGGAAAUGCUAUCAAGUUUACACAUCAUGGAGAAGUGAUUAUUCGAUGUGGAAUAGAUAAGGAAAGCAUAGCAGUUGAAGAAGAUAAUAUUAUCCUUAAAAUCUCUGUUCAAGACACUGGUAUAGGUAUGUCUAAAGAUGAAAUUAAGGGACUAUUCUUGCCAUUUAGUCAAGUAGACGGAUCAACAACUAGAAAUUUUGGUGGAACAGGCCUUGGUCUUUCAAUUUGUUUACAACUUGUCAAAUUGAUGCAUGGCGAUAUUCAGGUUAAUUCUGCUGUAAAUCAGGGUUCUACAUUUACGUUUACAAUUCAAGUAAAAAAUGGGAAUACUAUAGCUGAGCCUGAUAUUAGUUAUGAUUUACAAUCCAAUACUAUUAAGGAACUUCGAGACCAGUUGGGACAACCUCGCAUUUUGAUUAUUAGUGAGGAAAAGACUAAGUUGAUGAUCCAGGCCUUUAUUCCUUGGAUACAAUAUUUAGAACAAAAAGAUAACGUUGUAGAAGGUAUUCAACUUGCUAUUGAGAACUCAAAAAAAAAUAUACCCUUUGAUUGUGUUAUUAUGAACUCUUCCCGUUCAGACACUCUAUUAGAGGUUAUCAAGUAUAUUGAAAAUACGCCUAGUCUAAAGAAUAUAAGUAUAUUACUUUUGAUUGCGCCUACAGUUGAUAAUAUUCGUCGCCAUUUUACACAUAAUACACAUGAUGAUACAGAGAAUGAUUAUACAACACCCUUUCCUUAUCAGCACAUAUUUCACCCUUUAGUUACUCGAUUAUUAAAACCUAUCAGGACAGUAAAAUUAUUAAAUGCCUUAAUUCGAGUUGUUUCAAAAUCAGAUACAACAACAACAACUACUACUACUACUACUACCAUCCUAGAGUCAAAUCAUACUACUGUUAACAAUUUAGGAUUAGAUGAUCAAACUUUAAUUUCAAGUUCAUAUUCUGUAGCACCAGCUAUUAGUAGCACGAAUGUGACAAAUGACAAUAAUAGUAAUAUGAUGAAGAGGCAGCACAAAAUAGACCAAUUACCUAAUGAGAAAACAGCAAUCACAACCCAACUUGAACCAGAGCCGGCUAUUAUCGUUACAUCUUCUUAUUCAAGAAAAAAUCAUGGAACCUUCUCACCCGAAGAACUAGCUAUCUUCAAAGGACAAAAAAUUUUAAUUGCGGAAGAUAAUAUUAUUGCACAAAAAUUGAUUAUUAAACAGCUGAAAAGAUUAGGAUUUAUUGUUGAAAAAUGUAAUAAUGGAUUUGAAUGUUUUGAUACAUGGAAAGCGAGAGGACCAGGAUAUUUUGUAUUAGCUUGGAUUGACCAUCAUAUGCCAGGUUGUGAUGGAUUAGAAGCUACAAAAAAGAUUCGUGAAUAUGAGAAAAGAAUGAAUUAUAGUCCUCUUUUACCCAUUAUAGCGUUGACAGCUGAUAUACAACUAACUUCUCAAACAAACUGUCUAAAUGCUGGAAUGAAUGAUUAUGUGACUAAACCUUUAAUGCAAAAGGAUCUUGCAAUAAUCUUACGGAAAUAUUGUUUAGGUUCUAAUAAUUUAUAA